UCUGUACAAGGUAUCGCAGAGCUCUGCAGUAACUCGGAGUAUGUAAAGACUUCUGCCAUGUCCAUCUGUGACAACUUGUAAGCGCGUACGGAAACACACACAGGAGUAAUGGAAGGAGCGGGUGGGGCUAGUUCCUCAUAUCGGUGCAGGAGUGUUUUGCCUUCUGUUUAUGGAGCUCAUUCCAGCCGGACUGCAUCAGCGUCAACCGCAUACUCGAUAGUAAAUAGGUCAAAGCCUCUAAGCUCCGAUCAUUCCGUAAAUCAAUGUCCACCUCGGGCAGGCUCUAAAGCCUCUGCCAACACGUCUAUCGGUUACCGUGGUCUUUUUGGAAAUAGUUUUUAUAGUUACAAAAUGCCCUACGGUGUUGGAGUCGAACAAAACUUAAUGAAACAAACAGUACAUGUGCCUAUUGGCGACUAUUCAAUGGAUAAGUACACAGACUUUAACGAAAUACCACUAAGGACUAAGGAAUUUACAUGGUAUCCAGGCUACCCAGGUUCAUACCCGAGAAUUCCAGGGUACAUUGAGGUACCAGUGGUACCAGUACAAACUGCUCCCAGUGAUCCGAAGCCUGAGGCGCGAACACUAAUGGAGGGUUACCAUCCUUGGACGCAGCCCAAGUGCUGGAGCAGUCCAUUGUAUUGUGCAAGAGAACAAACGCAGACAUCCCAUCAUAUCUGGAAGUCAUCACUUGCAAGGGAGAUUACGUUCAACCAACCAGACGCCAAUGUUUACCGACUUGGGAGGAAGAAAAGGGUGCCGUAUACAAAACUGCAGCUUCGAGAACUUGAACGCGAAUAUGCUAUUAGCAAGUUCAUUACCCAAGACAAGAGGCGAAGGAUUUCAACAUCAACCGACCUCUCAGAAAGACAAGUCACAAUUUGGUUUCAAAAUCGAAGGGUGAAGGAGAAGAAAAUGGAUUCAAAGCUUAAAGACUUUGUAGUUGAAUAUCACCGAGUAAAAUAGUUAGAAAAGAACACACAAACACUUACCGGGUUAUUUCCAUGUUUCAAAGAUUGCAAUCACUGUGCCUGUUGACUUUUCUAUUUGCGUGUUUUUUUUUUUUUUUUCUUCUGGUAAUUCGUUUCCAGCGUCUCCUACUCUUGCAUUUAAUUAAACAAUGUUUAGAAACCAUGUAAUUGCACAAUUAUGUACAUACAAAAUUCAUGCCUAUUCAUUCAUUGCAUCAAUGUUCAAUAUCAUCACAACUUAUUUGUUUCUCUCUGGCAUUUCGUGUCUUUGAUAAAAGUACGGCCUAUAUCUUUAGCUGAUUUCUCCGCCUGAAGCAUUUUUCUGUGUGUACCGUGCUGUUCGUAUUAUAUACCUGUGGUAUAUAUUGCACAUGCUGCAUUGUGGUCUAUAGGAAAACUGACAAAGCCUCUAAAUUGGUCAAAUACAUUUAAAUUAGCACAUGUUGAUUACCGCGAACCUAACGAGUCGGCGCUUUAAUGUAUACAAGGACAAACUUUAGUCCUUGCUUCAUAUUACCAACCUGAUACCCGUAAAAAAACACGUAUCAAACUGUUGUAUCAUAGACAUUUUAACUGAGAGAAUAUCAUUCUCACAAAUAUAUAAUCCUCUUUGAAUGGGUGAUAAUGUUAACAUGUUAUGAAAAUGGGAUUGUUUGUGUGAAGUGUAUGUUUGCGCUUCAGUGAAGCACUUAAUUUGCAUUGUUCAAUCUUAUUGCUUUAACCUCAAUAAAACAAUAUGCC